CCACAAACCCCACUACAGACUGGCGGAGAGAAAAGAGAAAAAAAUGGGCAAUGCAAAAUCCACCCCCCUCAACAAUCCCUACACCGGCCUCCCACGGGUCCCCACCACUAACCCAUCCGCCUCUACCGACAAGCGGGACAGAACACUAACCCACCUCCUCCGACUAAACCACCACAACUACUCCCUUCUCUACUCGCAGCUGCGCUUCCACAACCACCUCCCGCACGCGCUGGGCAGCGCCUACCUCCUUGACGCACCCAGCGAACACCUAACGAGACUCUACGAAAGCGAGAGCAAACCGCUGGAACCCUGGCCGCCCACGACCCCCGGUGAGAUAGCACGGCACGACUGGCGCGAGCACAUCUCCGACCGCCAUUACCAGCGCUCAUACCUAGACUUUUUCGAGGACGAAUUGGUCCGGCUCGGGUACGAUUGGAGAAGGGUUGUGGCGGAGUACUUAUUCCAGGGACCAGAGCCGUUGAUUUUCGGAGGAAUAGGUGGGUUGGGUCACCCGCUCAUACAUUUGGGAUAUGCUUUCGAGUUGGGGAGCAAAGAGGUGGGAAUGGAAGCCCUCUCACUGUUCGCUACGAAUUACGACUUUUUGCACGGGUAUGUUGAUUCGGAGUUCCCUACUGCUGCCGGUGGGGUGCCGGUUGAAUCCCCCUCGCCCCCGUUGCCCACCGUCGUGCACGACUGCCAGGACCCGCUGGAGAUAAUCCAUAGGAUUAGAAUGGAUACCGCGUUCCAUGGCAUAUUCCCGCACGCCGGUGCUGAGAAUAUUCCCCUUCUGUUCGAGCUCCGGGAGAAGGAGGUACUCGCUUAUUACCGCCAAUUCAAAAUCGAAUCGCCCGCUACCGCGCAUAAAUCUUUGAACCACCUCGCGGCGUUGCUACUCACUUGCUCACAUGAUCCCGGACGCCCAGAGUUUGACUUCUUUGUCGUUCACUUGACCACCGUUUCCUACGCUAUUCGCAUCUUGCUGCCCGAGGUGCCCGAGGAGUAUGCCCGUCCACUGGUCAAGAUGCAGUGGCUGUUUACCAUUGUGGUUUACCUGAUCCAGUUGAGUAGGGAGGUGCGCCCGGAGUUACUGGAUGGGGUGGAGCUCCGUGGGAGGGGGUGGGGGGAUGUGGUGCGCAAGGCGCUGGAUAGGGAUGAGGGAAGUGGGAGUGGGGGGGAGAUGGAGGACGCGCAUUAUUUGAAAGCGGUGAGGGCUUUGAAGGACUCGGCACAGCUGUGGAAGGACCAGGAGGAGUUUUACUUGACGGCUGCUGUCAAGUUUGCUUGGGAAUUUGAGAAGUGGUCUUUUGGGGAGUGAGGGGUAUCAUCAACUUUGGCUAUCACACACAUGCUGGUCUUUCUGUUCGCUAUUGGGCAUUAUUAUGGCGUUUUGUGGUGGAAAUGAUAUUCCUCCUUGAAAAUUGCUUGA